GGCAAGAAUCACGUCCAUUUAUCAACUUGAUGUCUUAAUGACUCUUCAAAAUGUAUGCUGGGAAGAAAAAUCAAUUUCAUGAAGUUUUAUUCCAAAAGUUUCAAAACACUUACACAAAUGAUUGUUGUUCCAAGAGAUAAAGUCUUUGAAAUAAUAGCAACAUCUGAAGCAGUGGAUAUUCGCAGUAAUAAAGGUCGUGUUGAUAUACUACAGGCCAUGGUCAAUGGUUGAUUACAUGUCCUUAUCAAGAACAUCAAGAGCAUUAAAAAGUACAAAAGUUAAGGAUAUUGUUCAAAAUGCCUGGUACAAAGGAAGCUCCAAAUUAUAACUCUUUGAGGGUCCGUAGGGCGCAGAAGAUCAACACAAUCGAGGGUAUGCGUCUGAAGAAGAGAGUAGUACUUAUGGACAAGGAAAGAAUCGGUCACAUUAAUCUUGCAAAUAGAGACAUACGACGAUUAAACAAUCAAUUGACAUACAUUCAUCACAGCAGUGGCGUCAGCCCACUGGGUCUAGCCCCUGAUGAGAGUUAUGAAUUGCCCGGAGAGAAACCAACAAUUUUUCAAUAUGGCGAGCGGGUAGGGAGUCGCAGAGUCGGCAGAUCUAGAAAAACGUCAAUUCUUGCUCAGGAGCGUUUAUCUGCCAGGCGAAAUACAGACACCGAUAGCGCUGUGGUUUUAUCAUUGGAGUCAAAUCAGCAGGGAUAUUCAAGUGAAGAGGUUGCUAGUAUUGAUAGUGACAUUGAGGAUUUUACAGAGAGAAAGAUUGAGGCAGAUCGACGGCCAGUGUCGUCACCUGGCCAAAGACUUAGUAAUGAAUGGAACAUGGCUAAAACUGCAGACAGUUCAAUCAAUGCAUUCGCGAAUGGACUUUUAAACACAAGGAGAGAGAGUGUCAUAACACCAGCCGAAUCUAUGGCAAGGCGAGGACUUGGGCCGCGUGGAUCGACCAAGUCAGCAUGGAGCAAGAUUAAGUCAGAUUUGAAUAUUCCACAGCGCCCAUUUUCUAGUUAUAUAAAAACAGGUUCUGCAAAUUCUUCCUCUUCAGAGCUCAGGAGGACAAAAAGCUCACAGGUCCUGAGCCCAGAUGCAUGUACACGAAUUGACUUUAAUUCAAAUCUGGAAAAUGCUGCUUAUGAAAACAAUAACGACUAUGAUAUAAAUAAUGAAUCUGAGCAAUCACCACGAACAAGAUCUCGGUCUCGGCGUCCCGCUGUACACGCAAGGAAAUCGGAAUUCACGAUUCUGGUAAAUCAGGCAAGAGCAACGGCUACCGUAAUGAAAAAAAUGAAACAUGAAAGUAACCAGACUGACAAUGCAUUCAAGGAGACAUAUGCUGAAACAAAAGCUAAAAAUACUAUUGAACGAAAAAAGAAAAUCAACACUGGUCGUGCUGCAAAGGUUGAAUGUAAAAUAGUGGAGUAUAAGAAAAAAUAUCCUGUUGUCAAUUUAAACGACAUCAAAUCGAAUGGCAUUAUCCUGUGACCCAUGUAGCUAUAUCCUAUUAUACCUCAGAGUGAUACCCUAGAGUUUGAUUUUGAAUCAACGAAACGAUCUCAUGUAGAGUAAUCGCAAUGAGCAUAUUGAUUGUCGAAACGCAGGAUCUAAUAAAAUCAUGUGUUUUCAAACGAACUCCUUUCCUUUCGUGAUUACUUUUGACAUAUACAGCACAAAGAAGUCGUUCUGAUCACCAAUGGUACAAUGACAGCAAGCAAUUUGAAAUGUUACUUCUCUUGACUGCUCAUCCUAAUCAUCCUAAACAAUGUCAAUUCAUGGUAAUGGCGUCAUUUGUGACAAGUAUUAUUUGGGCUGCAGACUAUGAUAACAUGAAUCAAGUCGACCAUGGACUCGUUUCUUUGGCUAUCACUUAUAUCAGUCAUUGAUAACCUUGGAAAGAUCGUCAAAUGAGGAUACCUGUGGAAGUGACAAAAUCACUUAUAUACCAUGAUAAAAGUAUGGGAAUAUACAGCUAUAUCAUAAAGUAAUAUAUAAGCUUCUACAACUGUCCCGUAUGAUUCACGGGAUUGAAACUUUUGAUUUUAGGAAGACACCAGUUCAAGACUUUUUACAAAUAAAUAUAAUUACAUUUCACACAAAAUAGUUUUUAAUUUAAAGCUACCUUAGUACUAUCUUAGACAAAACAAUAUAGACAAACCUAUUACCCUUCUACAUGCAUGGAUUUAAUUGGAAGCCCAAUCCAAUUAA